GGUCCCCGGUACAUGCGGUAUUGCAGAGAGCGAAGCAAUUGGACAGAACCACCAUUGCAGCUACUGACAAGAUUAUAGUCGAGUGGUAACGCAGUUAGAACAGACUUACACCGUGCCUUAUAUUUUUGACUGGGCUCGAAUCCCGAAAAAGAUGGAUUUUUUUUUUUAAAAUUUGAUUUCUUUUAAUCACAUGGAAAGAAUGGAAACGUUGAUCCGCCUCGUUCUCCUUGGAUCCUUGACAAUGUCGGCGACAUUUGUGUCGUCCUGUCCCGUGGAGAAAUGUCGGUGUAUCCCCGGCAAACAAAUCAUCGAUUGCCAGUACAAAGGGCUGACAGCGAUCCCCAAAAUCACGCCAAGUGACGAGGUAUUCCAAGAAAUCACCUUUGAAAACAGCGCCGAUUCUUCGGACGAGAGUUACAGUGAUCUGACAAACCUAAAUCGAAUUUCAAACAUCCCCGCCGACGCCUUUCGAGGGCUUAAGGUGAAGAAAAUAAAUCUAGGCAAUGCUGGGGUUCGUGAACUGGAUCAGCAAGCAUUUUCCGGACUUGAAACCGUACUGGAACAUUUAGUAAUCGGCGGGGAUCGCGUUCUUUCGCCACCGUUUGACUCAUUGCAGACUUUGAAGAAUCUUACAAAACUAGAGCUACAGAAUUUUUUAUACCCGGUAUUGGAAGAAAGCUUUGCAAUUAGUAGUUUGUUGCGACUUCAAUCACUAAAACUCAUAAAUAUGCAAAUGUUCCAUAUAUCGGAAAACGCACUCCAAGAAUUCAAAGCUUUACGUCAUCUUGAAAUUAGCGGUAAUAGACAAAUCCGAUUUUACCCUGCCACGGCUAUUUGGAAAGUACCAACCCUGGAAGAACUUGUUUUUAAGGAUAAUGGUUUAGUAAAAGUGGCCGGAUACGCCUUCUAUGAACUGAAGAAUUUGAAAUAUUUAGAUUUAUCGCGAAACGAGAUAGACACAUUAAGUCCAAAUACCUUUCAAGGCGUGUCCAACAAUCUACAGAGCAUCGACUUAACAGGAAAUGCUCUAACAACAAAUUCCUUGUCAAUAUUCUCAGCGUAUGAUUGGAAAAGCAUGAACAACUUGAGAAUCCUGUUAAAUAAAAUAACGCGUAUUCCGAAAAGUAUGUUUUCAAAAAUGAAGAAUUUGGCAUCCCUAGAAUUACAACUGAAUUCAAUCAGCGAAAUUCUUGCUGACGACUUUCGACCUUUGGCGAAUCUGGAAAACCUUGAUUUGUCUAACAAUUUAAUAACGAACAUUCAGGCCAAUGCGUUCGAUCUGCCAUCCAUAAAAACUCUUCGAUUAUCAAAUCUAAAUAAAAACGAAGUCAAAACAUUGAUUGGUAUAAAGAAUGCUUUCAAUGGGACAAAGAAUUCCUUAGUUUUGGUUGACUUAAAGGAAAACAGGUUUAAUACAAAUGAAUUGUGGGCUGAAAUCGGCGGUUUGACGGAGGUACGGGAGCUUGACCUUUCAGACACCGGACUAAUCGAACUGCCCAAAUCAGCAUUCGCCAAGAAUACGCUUAUACGGAAACUAGACCUCAACAACAACAACAUUGGGCCGUCUCUCUCGGCUAGUUCCUUGGAUGGACUGCAAAAAACCCUCCAACAACUACAACUAGUCAACAACGGUAUACAAACCAUGGACAGUUGUAUCUUUGAGGAUUUUCAACAGUUAAAGUUGUUGACAUUGUAUGGAAAUCCUCUACAGUGUGACUGCGGACUAAAAGGCCUUCAGACUUGGAUCAAGUCUCUUGGGAUGCUGUAUUCUUUUAUCGUGCAAGCUCGGUGUUCUUCUCCUGGACCCAUUGCAGGGAUGAUGCUGAUGUCAGUUCCACUUAAAGACAGUAAUGGCAUGCUUUGUAAAUCUGACUCUGCGGCAUGUGAAAACAACACAUAAUUACUAGUACCUUAUUGAUUAGUAUAUACUCUUUUUCUUAACACCCCUCGUUGCAUUGUUCUGGGGUUUUUUGCUAGACUUCAAUUUAUUGAAUAUAAAAAAGCUUAUUGUUUGUAAUUUCUGAUCAAAAGCCAUUUGAAUUAUGCCAAGCGCUACCUUUUUUAAAUUUUAUUUUCUAUCUUUGUAUCAUCUUUGUGUUCUUAAUCGGUGAAGGGUUCAGGUUUUUUUCACAUUCCAAGUAAAGCAAAUGUGGAUAACGUAAUAUACUUAAUAUUUUGCGUGCUUCAAAAAUUCUUUUUAAAGUUACAUUUCAAUAUUGUAAACAACACUUAUGUAACUUAAAUUCUGGUUAGUUUAAUGCCAAUAUGGAUGAAGGGGCCAAGUUCUCAUCAAAGAUGUUUCUUUGUACUUCAAGGAUCCAUACAAACACAAAAUGCAAAGACAUGUACUACUGUGGUUUCAUCAAUAUUCGUUGAAUACCAAUUUUCGUGGAUUUCGUUGUUAAGUUGAUCCCCGAAAUUAAAUGUUCAUUGAAGUGCAAUAUCUAUUAAGAUUUUGUAUUGGUAGGGUCAUUGGCCUCGAAUUUACGUAUCCUUGAAACUGUGAUUUUCACUUUAUCCACGAAAAUUGAUACCCCUGAAUAUUAAUGAAACGAGAGUAGUAUAUUUAUUGACUUGUUGCUUGUCAGUGUAGGAAGAAUCCUCGUGCUUGCAUAAAGUUUAAAUGCAUCAAACAUAUUUUUAUCUUAUGGUUGUUAACGUUCAAAGGUUGUCUGAAGCUUAAAGUGUUCAAGUUGUUACAUAUUGUCUAUUUGCUGAAGGUAACACACGGGUCUCUGUUUUUUUUAUUUAUUUCUAAAUAUUAAACUGUUUUUAAAAAACUU